UGCAACCACAUCUCAUUCUCCAGCCUGAUGUCACAUGCAAAAGUUCAGAGGUUCCUAAUCGGUACAGAGCCUUCGGGAGCAGGGGAAGCUCACUUAACAAGGCAAUCCCAUGAUGUGGCUGUUUUUUACAACAACCUGUUUGCUCUGUGGAACUUUAAAUGCUGGUACCUUCUUUAAUUUGGAAAAUGAAGCGAAUCCUGAAGUGUGGAUGAAUAUUAGUGAGAUUAUCAUCUAUAAUGGCUACCCCAGUGAGGAGUAUGAAGUCACCACUCGAGAUGGGUACAUCCUCAGCAUCAAUAGAAUCCCCCACGGGAGAAGAGAUGCUAGAAGCACAGGCAAGAAGCUAAAAAUACAAAGGGCAAGACUGAUCUUGUUGAAGGCAAGCAGGCUGGCUGCUAAGGGUGUAAAAAGGCAGAGCGUACAUUUCUCUGGUUCAUUACUGAUCUCUCGUGUGGAAAAUUGCAGCAUCCCAGGUCCCCGGCCAGUUGUGUACUUGCAGCAUGCUCUGUUUGCAGACAAUGCCUCUUGGCUUGAGAAUUACGCCAAUGGCAGCCUUGGAUUCCUUCUAGCAGAUGCCGGUUACGAUGUCUGGAUGGGAAACAGUCGGGGAAACACUUGGUCAAGAAGACACAAGACACUCUCAGUGACUGAAGAAAAGUUCUGGGCCUUUAGUUUCGAUGAAAUGGCCAAAUACGAUCUCCCAGGAAUAGUAGACUUCAUUGUAAAUAAAACUGGUCAGGAGAAGCUGUAUUUCAUUGGACACUCCCUUGGCACUACAAUAGGGUUUGUAGCAUUUUCCACCAUGCCUGAACUGGCACAAAGAAUCAAAAUGAAUUUUGCCUUGGGUCCAGUGGUCUCAUUCAAACAUCCCACGGGCAUUUUUACAAGUUUUUUUCUACUUCCAAGUUCCGUGAUCAAGCAUUUUUUUGGUACCAAAGGUUUCUUUUUAGAAGAUAAGGGAAAGGUGCCCUCCACCAAAAUCUGCAACAAUAAAAUAUUAUGGGUGAUAUGCAGUGAAAUGAUGUCCUUAUGGGCCGGAGCCAACAAGAAAAAUAUGAAUGUGAGUCGAAUGGACGUGUAUAUGUCCCAUGCUCCCACGGGAUCAUCAAUACAGAACAUCCUGCAUAUAAAACAGCUUUACCAAUCAGAUGAAUUCAGAGCGUAUGACUGGGGAAGUGAAGCUGAGAACAUGCAUCACUACAAUCAGAGCCACCCCCCGCUCUAUGACUUGACCACCAUGAAAGUGCCUACCGCUAUCUGGAUUGGGGGCAAUGACGUCCUUGUCACACCCCAGGAUGUGGCCAGGAUCCUCCCCCAGAUCAGGAACCUCCGUUACUUCGACCUGUUGCCUGAUUGGAACCACUUUGAUUUCAUCUGGGGUCUGGACGCUCCUCAGCGGGUGUACAGGAAAAUCAUAGACUUGAUGAAGUCAUACUCCUGACGGCCAUAGGUGCACUUCUGGGUUCAAAGUUGCGUGCAAGCCCGUGAGAGGCUUUGGGAAAGAGACUAAUCAUCAGGAGAGUCUUCUCCAGCCUCGUGCACCUCUUUGCUGUUGCUGAGAUGCUCCCUUGCCUGGCAUCCAAUUCAGAAUUAUUUCAACUGUCCUGUUCUUUCUCUAAGCAAUGCGCACUCCUUCCAAACCCCUUCCCCUCAGUCAAAUCUCUUCCCCAUGUUUUCAUCUCUGCUAACUGUACACAUGGAAGAGUAGUUCAAAGAGGACUUUUUUUUUCUUUCUUAGAUAAAGUAAAAUUUCCUAGAAGGGAUGGCUCUGUAAAGGCAGCCACUUGGGAGUAUAUUUGGGGUGAUGUGAUCAUAAGGCUUAGGCGAAAUUGCAGUUAGGGCCAUAGUCAUUAUGGUCAUCUGUAAACAAGCUGUGGAAGAAAGCCCAGCCCACAUCAAGCAUGAAAGGAAACAGCAGACUGGGAAAACUAGCAAAAUUUAAGUCUUCUGGGAGCGCAUUUUACUGUUCAAGAAUGAAAAGAAAGAGAGACAGAAAUGGGAAUGAGUCGGUAAGAGAAGCUGAAUUACUGAUUGUUAGAACACAUAAGAAAAAAUUCUCUUGUUUUUGCUCUAAAGAUAAGUUAAACCAAUCACCACUGGUGUCUUCGUUGUCGAUGUGGACUUUGCACUAUUGCCUGUGAACAAGUGACAUUUAAAGCAGCUCCCAGAAAGCCAAUUUUAGAAGCAGCACGGAAGGCACAGGAAGAUUCCAAGUCUUGCUCUCCCUCAUUCUCCAAAUGAUGCCAGACAUUGAUUCUAGGGUUUCGUACAGAGUUCCAAGAGAAGCAGGAAGUUAUGUGUCAGUCUGUAUCCUGAGUGGCAUAAACUUGCAAAGGUUCUUGACUUUCUAUGAUAAUGUCAUUAACGGAAAACUGUUUACAAUCCUCAAGGAAUCAUAAAUAAAUGAUACACAUGCA